AUUGCACCCAUCCUUCAGUCAAUGUCAAGCAGCGGGCACAUGCAUGUAGCAGUUGGAGCUGCCGCUGCCGUACUGUACAGGCCUGCGGUCUACAACAGACCUGAUCACUGACGAGUCUUUGACAAAGAUGGUCGUUGUCGUGCUGUCAGUUUGUUUUAAUUUUUCACAGCACUUAGAAGUGUUAAUAUGAAGCAGCAGUGGAGAAAUAAAUCCCCAUGUAGCUCUAUUCAAAAGGGGGGUGGGGAUGCUGGUGGUCUCUGCGUUUAUGUUGUGACCCUUUUUAAAUGUCAGGGGGCGCUGCUCUUCCAUUACAGCCCAGUGAAGUGUGUGUCUGAUUUUUUUGGUUGUUUCCUCCUUGUAAUGCUGCCAAUGCUAUGGGUUUUUUUUUUCUUGUCUGUCAGGUUCUUCAGAAGCUCGGAAAGGCUGAUGAGACCAAAGAUGUUGCUUUUGAGGAAGGAGUUAUCAACUUCAAUAAACAAUAUACCGAGGGAAGCAAACUUCAGAGGGACCUGAGGGCAUACCUGGAGGCAGUGAAAGCCAUGCACGAGUCCUCCAAGAACCUGCAGGAAUGUCUGGGUGACAUGUAUGAGCCGGAAUGGUACGGGAAGAAUGACGUGGACUCCAUAUUAGAG